AUGGAGAAUAAAGAUAUCGAGAGGUGUACGGCGAGGGACGUAGAGGGACAAACGACGACACAGAAGCGGAGCUGGCGAUUCUAUGGGACCUUCGCAUGUCUGGCCCUUCUAAACUUCAUAUGCGCAAUAGACGCUACUAUCCUUUCGGUGGCAUUACCAACCAUUGCCACUGACUUGAAAGGCACCACGGCUAUUCAAGCCUUCUGGUGUGGAACUUCUUUCUUGCUAACCUCGACCGUCUUUCAGCCCUCCUGGGCGUCUUUUUCACAUAUAAUUGGACGGAGAUCGGUGUUGCUUACCGCCUUGGUGCUCUUUACUGUUGGAACUAUAAUUGCAUCUGCAGCCAAGCAUAUCGCAUACUUGCUCAUGGGAAGAUGCGUUCAGGGUAUUGGAGGCGGUGGACUGGUUAGCCUCACCUACGUCGUAGUUUCCGACAUGGUUACAUUGAGGGAGAGAGGGAAAUGGUUCUCAGUGAUAUCUUUACAAUGGGCAAUCGGUAGUGUUGUUGGGCCUGUGAUCGGAGGGGCUUUCGCAGAAAAGACGACAUGGAGAUGGAUCUUUUGGCUUAAUUUACCUUUCUGCGCAAUUGCUGCGCUGGGUAUACCCAUUUGUCUUCGACUCAACUCUCUUGGAGGCUCAGCUUGGACAAGAUUGAGGAAAUUCGACUGGCUCGGCUCAUUCAUAUUUGUAGCUGCAGCUACGAGUUUCCUAAUUCCAUUGACAUGGGGUGGGGUUAUGUAUAGCUGGUCAAGCUGGCGAACGCUGGUACCACUGGUUCUCGGACUUGUUGGUUUGGCUAGUUUUAUCGUCUACUCUAUAUAUGUCUCCUCGGAACCACUCAUUCGCCGGACCCUUUUCAAUACCCCCACAGCUGUUGUUGCCUAUAUCGGAACAGUUCUCCACGGAAUCAUAGUAUGGAGCAUACUCUAUUAUAUGCCUCUUUACUUCGAAGUAGUUAAAAACUAUAGUGCCAUCACGUCGGGUGUAGCACUAUUCCCAUUUACAUUCACAAUAUGUCCAGCGGCUAUCGUGGUCGGAAUUGUGAUUACUAAAACCGGUCGGUAUAGGCCCUCGAUCUGGAUCGGUUGGUUCCUUACAACCCUAGGUAUGGGUCUCCUUAUUAUCUUGAAGGAGUCGACAAGCACCGCAUGCUUCGUGUUCCUCUCACUUGUAGGUGGCUUCGGAACGGGCAUGCUAUUCUCUGCACAAGGUUUCGCAGCACAGGCUACUGUGUCCAAUCCUGACCUCCCGUUCGCCGGUGCCAUGUACUCGUUCUUCCGCGCCUUCGGACAAACCCUGGGAGUCGCCGCUUCGGGAGCCAUAUUUCAGAAUGCUUUCAAGGAAAGUAUUUUGACGACGGGAUAUUCGGAAUAUGCAGAAGACUGGUCCCGCGAUGCCAGUAGUUUCGUGCAAGUUGUAAAAUCAUGGAGCAGCCAUGAAGAACAUGCUCCUAUGAAAGCAGUGGCCGUGGCAGCAUACAUCAAGAGUCUUCAGAUGGUUUGGGCGGUCAUGUGUGUGCUAGCCGCAAUUGCAUUGGGCUGUUCCCUUCUGUGGAUUGAUGAGAUCAGCUUGGAGAGAGAGCUGGAAACCGACCAAGGCUUUAUUAACCGUCCGAAGAAGAUAUCACUAGAGUCCAAGGAGGAGCGUACGAGUAGUUCGAGUCAUCGAAAAGGGUGA